UGACUGAACUUGAACACGGGCGCACUUUUGCUUUAGCGGGAAAAGUAAAUGAAAUUGAGUCCUUUGAUUUAUAUUUAUUCUAUGGUUUUAAUUUUUGAAAAAUGAAGAAGUGCCCAAGUUCAUUUGAUAAAACAAUUGAGGAAAUACCGGGUAUAGCGGUGGAUAAUUUUGAAGGCCAACAUUUGAAUUCCCGUGCUUUUUUUCUCAGUCAUUACCACAUGGAUCAUAUUCAAGGUUUAGAUUCACCGCAAUUGGCCAACCACUUGAGAGAAACGAACACAUUUAUUUACACAUCUGAAAUUACUGCAUCUAUUAUAAAUCAUGAAAUGAAAUGUUCUGAUAUUUUAAAAUAUGUCAAACCGUUAGGAAGAGAAACUACUUUAAUUACCCUGCCCAGUAUGCCAGAGAAGGAUUUGGAGGAAUUAUAUGUAGAAGUUACAUUGAUUGCCGCAGGGCACUCGUUUGGGUCCACCAUGUUUUUAUUCAAGACGACAGAGAAAGUUGUCUUGUAUACUGGUGAUUUUAGAAUAAGAAUAAACGAUAUCUCGAAAUAUGGGAAAUUGCACAAAAAUAAUGAUCCCAUCAAUAUUGACGCAAUGUAUAUAGAUACGACAUUUUUUGAUGAAAGACAUAAAGAUUUUUCAAAAAGAACAGACACCGCUGAUGCUGUUAUAGACGAAAUAGAUAAAUGGCUUAAAAUUGAUAAAAGGAAUGCAAUUUCUAUAUUUAUGUAUGCUAAUUAUACAUUCGAGUUUUUAUUAAAUAAAAUAUAUGAAAGAUUGAAGAUGAAAGUUUAUGUGAAUGAAUUUAAAUGGGAUUUUUACAGAUUGUCAAGCACAAACAAAGAAGUAUGUAGAAAAAGUGCCACCAUCAAAAUAUUCGAACCCAAAUUUCGUCAGAGAUCGACUGAAAAAUAUAAUAGUAAAGCCGUUUAUAAAUGAAACAUGGCAGAAUCGUUUCGACAAACCAUUCCAUCCAGCUUGGAUGGAUUACUGCGACCCCUACCAUUGUA